AUGCAUGCUGGUCAACAAACCUGUGCCCUGAUGAACACACCUUCUCUCCCAGUGGAUACACCUUCUGUCCCAGUGGAUACACGUCCUGUCCCAGUGGAUACACGUCCUGUCCCAGUGGAUACACCUUCUGUCCAAGUGGAUACACGUCCUGUCCCAGUGGAUACACCUCUUGUCCCCGUGGAUACACCUCCUGUCCCAGUGGAUACACCUCCUGUCCCAGUGGAUACACCUCCUGUCCCAGUGCACACAUCUCCUGUCCCAGUGGAUACACCUCCUGUCCCAGUGGAUACACCUCCUGUCCCAGAGGAUACACCUCCUGUCCCAGUGGAUACGCCUCCUGUCCCAGUGGACAUAUCUCCUGUCCCAGUGGAUACACCUCCUGUCCCAGUGGAUACACCUCCUGUCCCAGUGGACAUUUCUCCGGUCCCAGUGGAUACACCUCCUGUCCCAGUGGAUACACCUCCUGUCCCAGUGGAUACACCUCCUGUCCCAGUGGAUACACCUCCUGUCCCAGUGGAUACACCUCCUGUCCCAGUGGACAUAUCUCCUGUCCCAGUGGAUACACCUCCUGUCCCAGUGGAUACACCUCCUGUCCCAGUGGACAUAUCUCCUGUCCCAGUGGAUACACCUCCUGUCCUUGUGGAUACACCUCCUGUCCCAGUGGAUACACCUCCUGUCCAAGUGGAUACACCUCCUGUCCCAGUGCACACAUCUCCUGUCCCAGUGGACAUAUCUCCUAUUCCACAGGAUACACCUCCUGUCCAAGUGCUAACACAUCCUGUUCCAGUUGAUAUGAUGUUCAUGAUGUCAACCACUGGACUGUCUGGUCCACACUCGAUUAUUUACAGACUGUUGUCAUGUCGAUGGAAUACUGUUGAGUGUGGCAUUAAACAAAAAACAACAAGGGUACACUUCCUGCCCUGCUGUCUUGGGCAAAUCAUUUCCUCUAGUGUUUCAGAAGAUGCAUUCACCCCAUCAUCUGUUCAUCUAGCAGAUACACAACAUGGAAACCAUAACUAA